AUGAAUGUGAACCUAGAAGCUGCGUUGUGCGUCAACCUCUCCCGUUUUGAUUUGCGGCGUCCCCGCGGAAGCACGCCUUUGCACGUGCUGCAACCUGCAACUGUUUGCGCUAUUAUUAUUAUUAUUAUUAUUAUUAUUAUUAGGUCCCCGUUCUCCCCACGUUUCAACGGCACGGCACGGACGGAAAAGGGGGCCAAUGCGGACUUCUUCAAGUCGAGGGGUGGGAAUCUGUUGGGCGACACCGCGGCGUAUUGUGGGUAG